ACUAGCCCAUCAUAUGCUAACCCCUCGGUAGCCGGCGUUCCGUGGCUCACUGGAAAAAUGAUGUAACUUUUGCCGGCUUUCUCCUACCUUCAAAAACACAGAGAGAAAACUAGCUAAGUUUACCCUGUCAAACCGCGUGUUGGGGGAACAUUCUCAAUCGUUUUGUCGGUGAAAUGGCUCUGUUUCGUUAGCAUAUGUGAAAAGACAGCGGCACACUGCUCGUAACUUACAGCUCUUUCUCCGUUGGACUCAGUACAGUAAAGAAUGAAUCCAGCUCGUCGCUGUUCGACCUUAUUCAGCCAGCUGUGUGUGUCUUCGCGGGGGGGACCGACAGCCAGGAGCAAGCUUUCCCCGGGAGCGGUCUCAACGCGGUACUGUCACCCCGGUGUCGUUGGAGGAGGGGGAAGCAAAGGGACCUGUCCCCAGCUGAGUCCAAGCGCAGCAUCCAGCACAGGGGCAGCGCCAGUUUGUCCAAUGGGCGGCAGCAGCAGCAGCAGGUUGUUUGGUACAUUGGCCCAGUCACUGAACAGCAGCCCCUUGGCCCAACCAGACCCGUACCUGGAGGAGAACCAGGACCUGGACCAGGACCUCACCGAGAUUGACCCGGACGAGCUGCUCAGAGAGUGCGAGGAGGCCCUGCAGAGACGGCCGGCCCGCCCACACCGGGAUCUGGUCUAUCCCAAUGGCAUGGCUCCCUGCCGCCACAAGCACAACCCCUCCAUCCGGAUCAUGCAGUGGAACAUACUCGCGCAAGCUCUUGGUGAGGGGAAGGACGGCUUUAUCCGCUGUCCACUAGACGCUCUCAAUUGGCAGGAAAGGAAGUACCUGAUCCUGGAGGAGAUCCUCACCUACCGCCCCGACAUCCUGUGUCUACAGGAAGUGGACCACUACUAUGACACUUUCCGGCCAAUCAUGGCGAGCCUGGGUUACCACAGCAGCUUCCUGGCCAAACCUUGGUCUCCCUGUCUGGAUGUAGAGCAGAAUAAUGGUCCUGAUGGCUGCGCUCUUUUCUAUCGCCGCUCUCGCUUCUCCCUCCAGGCCACAGCUCACCUGCGGCUGUCAGCCAAGAUGCUGCCCACCAACCAGGUGGCCAUCGUCCAGACUCUGACCUGCCAGGUAACGGGCCAGGAGUUGUGCGUGGCCGUCACCCAUCUGAAAGCCCGUAGUGGCUGGGAGAGGCUGCGGAGUGCACAAGGCGCCGACCUGCUGCAAAGUCUAUGCAGCAUAACCACCCGAGGUGACGGCAGCAGCCAGAGCAAGAUGGGGCAAGAAAACAUACCUUUAGUAGUGUGCGGAGACUUCAAUGCAGAGCCUUCAGAAGAUGUUUACCGGCGCUUCAGCUCCUCCCCCCUUGGCCUGAACUCUGCAUACAAACUGCUGAGCUCUGACGGACAGACGGAGCCUGCCUAUACCACAUGGAAGAUCCGCCCCUCUGGAGAGAGCUGCAGCACUCUGGACUACAUCUGGUAUACCCAUGAUGCUUUGAGUGUGGAGUGCCUGCUGGACAUUCCCACAGAGGAGCAGAUCGGCCCAGACCGCCUGCCCUCAUACCACUACCCCUCUGACCAUUUAUCACUGCUCUGUGACAUCACCUUCAGGGAGCAGCCCCAUAGACUGUAGGCUGCCAGUCACUGGACCAAUAGGAGGACUGUGAGUGACUGCGUCUCCAGAAACAACACUGAACCUGUACGAUAAACCUGAGUGAGGAGGUGAACAUGACAGCAGCUACUGCUUUCAGGCUCAUUUUGAAGCCAGCUGAUGGAGGGUGGAGCCAAGUCAGCAAGUAAAACCUGAUUGGAGCAUGAAUACUAUGCCGACAUGAGACAGAAACAAAUAAGCCUGUGUCACUUUCAAUAAUGUUGCUCUUAUUUUGAGGAUAGUCAUAAUGGGGAACAGCAGAAGUGAACUGAGACAUUGUGACAUCACUUCUGCUGGAUCCUUGUAGUUUUAGCAGGAAUCUUUGAUUUGAUCUACUGAGUUGUGAGCUUCAGCUGAAAUGGCAGCUAAGGGGUUCAUCUGCGGUUAUUUAUUGUUUCCAUUAUGCACAUAAGGCUAUUAUCACUUGAUGUUACUAAAUUACUCUUUCUACUUUCUAUCAGUUGGUUAUACAUAGUUUUAAAAUAAAUUAUUUUGCUUUGAAGUUCUUAAGUUUAAGAUUGGUAAU